AUGGCACGAACGAUGGUGGACGAGGUGAUGCUGCGUGGCACGGCUCUCUACAUGGCUCCUGAGGUGGCGAGUGGGGGUCGUUGCACGCCUCAGUCAGACAUUUUUUCGCUGGGGAUUUCACUGCUAGAGAUGCUGCUUGGGCGUCUUCCGUGGAGGUGGAGCCGCACUGCGCCGGGGGGGAGCGAUGCGGCGUCACUGCAGGCUCUGUUUAACCGUGACCUCAUCUUUGUGCAGAGUCUUGCCCGUGGAUACCUGGAGCCCGAGAUUCCAGAUUUCCUCGACUUUGAGGUGGCUCAUUUUGUUCGUUCCUGCUGCCACCCCAACCCUGCCAUGCGACCGUCCACCUCUGCUCUUUUCUCUUAUUCGUUUCUUUUGUAA